AUGGGUUACACUGAACUGGAUCAAUUGGCCAUCAACACGAUCCGUGUUCUCGCGGUCGAUGCCACAUCCAAGGCUGUCUCGGGUCACCCCGGUGCCCCUAUGGGCAUGGCCCCCGUGUCGCACGUUCUUUUCAACAAGUUCUUGAACUUCAACCCCCAGAACCCCGACUGGGUCAACCGGGAUCGUUUCGUUCUCUCGAACGGUCACGGUUGCAUGCUUCAAUAUGCUCUCCUCCACCUUUUCGGCUACAAGGUCACCCUGGAUGACUUGAAGGCCUUCAGACAACUCGACAGCAUCACCCCCGGCCACCCCGAGGCCCACGACACCCCUGGUGUUGAAGUCACCACUGGUCCUCUGGGUCAGGGUUUCUCGAACGCCGUUGGCCUUGCCAUUGCUCAAGCCCAGGCCGCCGGUACCUUCAAUAAGCCUGGCUACAACCUCUUCAACAACUACACAUACACCUUCUUCGGUGAUGGUUGUGCUAUGGAGGGUAUUGCUAGCGAGGCGGCCUCGAUGGCCGGUCACUUGAAGCUCGGCAACCUGAUUGCCAUCUACGAUGACAACCACAUCUCCAUCGAUGGGGACACCAAGUGUGCGUUCACAGAGGAUGUCACCAAGCGUUUCGAGGCCUAUGGCUGGCACACCCUCUGGGUCAAGGACGGUGACAACGACCUGGAGGCCAUUGAGGCUGCUAUCAGGGAGGCUCAGUCUGUCACUGACAAGCCCACCAUGAUCCGCUUGACCACCACCAUUGGUUUUGGUUCCAAGCUGCAGGGCACCGGUGGUGUCCAUGGCAACCCCUUGAAGGCCGAUGAUGCUGAGGGUGUCAAGCAGCGCUUUGGCUUCGACCCCAAACAGAGCUUCAUCGUUCCUCAGCAGGUCUACGACCUCUACAACAAGCGUGCCGCCCAUGGUGCCGCUAAAGAGCAGGAGUGGAACCAGCUUUUCCAGAAGUAUGCCACGGAGUAUAAGGCCGAGCACGCGGACCUAGCCCGUCGUCUUGCUGGCAAGCUUCCCGAGGGUUGGGAGAAGAACCUGCCCGUCUACCAGCCCACCGAUCCGGCGGUUGCUUCCCGCAAGCUGUCCGAGGCUGUCCUCGAGAAGAUCCACAGCGUCGUCCCCGAGCUGCUGUCAGGCUCUGCUGACCUCACGGGCUCCAACAACACCCGCUGGAAGAAUGCCGUCGACUUCCAGCCCCCCGAGUACGGCAUUGGCGAGUGGUCUGGCCGCUACCUUCGCUACGGUGUGCGUGAGCACGCCAUGGCUGCCGUGAUGAACGGCCUGGCCGCCUAUGGUCUUCACAUCCCCGCCGGCGGAACCUUCCUGAACUUCGUCUCCUACGCCGCCGGUGCCGUCCGUCUCUCGGCUCUGUCUCGCGUCCGUGUCAUCCACAUCGCUACCCACGACUCCAUUGGUCUGGGUGAGGAUGGCCCUACUCACCAGCCUAUUGAGACCCUGGCCCACUUCCGUGCUCUCCCCAACUGCAUGGUUUGGCGUCCGGCCGAUGGCAACGAGACUAGCGCCGCCUACUACUCGGCUCUGACCUCCAAGCACACACCCAGUAUUCUGGCUCUUACUCGUCAGAACCUACCCCAGCUGGAGCACUCGACUAUUGAGUCUGCUCUGAAGGGUGCUUACCCCGUCGUCGAGAACGCCGACGCUACGAUCACCCUCAUCUCCACUGGUUCUGAGGUCAGCAUCUGUAUCGACGCGGCCACCUACCUCAAAGAGAAGCACGGCGUGAUCGCUCGCGUCGUCUCCGUCCCUUGCUUCGAGGUCUUUGACGCCCAGGACAAGGACUACAAGCUGAAGGUCCUCCCUGACGGCAUCCCCGUCUUGUCCGUCGAGGCCCUCACCACCAUGGGCUGGGAGCGCUACUCUCACGAGCAGUUCGGUCUGAACCGCUUCGGUGCUUCUGGUCCUUACAAGGAGGUGUACAAGAAAUUCGAAUUCACACCUGAGGGGAUCAGCAAGCGCGCUCUCGCUACCAUUGACUUCUACAAGGGCUUCCCCGUGCGCUCCCCCAUCAACCGUGCUUUCCAGCAAAUUCUGUAG